UCCCUAUUGCCUUGGGGAUGCAAAUUCUUUGUUAACCCAUUAUUAGAAUGGCUUUGUGAGUAAAAUAUGAUGGCAGAAAUUGGUGAAAGAUGCAUUUUGUGAUCAUCUUCAAACUCUAAGCUCUCUUUGCUGGGACUCCAGAGCAGCACAUCUGAUCUUGUGCUCCCUAAGUGUGAGAAGAGGUAUCUGGAUGGGAGGAUGUUAAAAUGUGGCUACUUCUGCAAAUUCUCCAUCGUAGCUGUAGUUGUGGCACAGCCUAUUAAGCAGGGAAAAAGUCACCCGCUUUGUUUUUCCCUAGGGCAGAGGGCUGGGAGGGGAGCAGGAGCAGGCAGCCUGGGCGACAAUCCCAGUAUGUGACCUGGUGUGGCAGGACCUGAGCCUGGCUGGGGUCUGCUGGCUGUGCCUGUCCCUGGGUGGGCAGUGACCCUUCCCCAGGGUUUGCUGGGGACUGGGGAGCCGCCAGACCCAGAGCUGCUCAGGAUGGCCACUGAGGAGGUGAAGUGUGAGUAGGAAAAUGGAUCAUCUCUGAGCAGCACAUUCCCCUCCUCCCCUUUCAUCCCCCAGACACAAAGCUGGCUGCUAUGAACUCCUCUGAAGUGCGCCCUGCUGCUCAGGGCAUCAAGGAUGCUCAGGGGAUGGGCUGCUGGAGUGACGGGGACAGACGCACGCGUGUGCAUCCUCCCUGCACGCCGCGGGGGCCCCUCUGCCGCUGCCAGGCUGCUGCCCAGCCACCUUACCUGCUUCUCUGCUUGGGCAGGGGAGAAAGGCAGGAGUGCUCGCUUUGCUUUGCAGCUCAACGCGUGCUUUAAAAACCUGCGUGCUUUAAAAACCUGUGUGCUCUGGAGACAGCCCAGAAGGCUCCUGGGGGAGGGAUACUCCCCAGCCACCCCUGCUAGCCUGCGUUAGGCAGCAGACAGAUGUUGAAGGCUUCGGGGGACACCAGGCUCGUAAGUGGACAGUGGUGGCUUCUCAGCAGCAGCUCUGCUGCCCUGGGGAGGUGGCUUGCCUGGGUGUGGACAGCUGUCCCUGUGUGUGCAGCGUGGACGUUGUCUUUGGUGUGUGUUGGCAGAGGUGUACAAGGCAUCGCCUUCCUGCGAGCAGAGCCUCGGCCAUGGGCUGCACCAUGUGAGAGCACAAGCGUGUCACCCCCAGGAACCUGCCUCACCUGUGCGCUGUGGGUAUGGAGGGUGCACUGUGCCCCGGCGGGUGGCCAGGGUGGGAAUAUGUGGUCUAGGUAGAGCUGGGUGAUAUGCCCGGGCGCUUUUGUGUCCAUGCAGGUGCAAGUCUGUGUUGCCAUGAGGUGCAUUUACACGGUGUGGCCUGUUCUGGGGUGGAACAGAAUACUGAGGGCUGCACAUCUGGGGCUGGGCAAGCCCCAUGGGCAUCUCUUGCUUUUUAGAUAAAUAAAAUCCAGUGAAAUCACAGACUUAACAGCUCAGCAGCCUCCAUGUGUUAAUGUAAGGUCUUGUCUUCUGCUCUCUGAAACCAGAUGGUCACUCCUGCCAGCAGGAACUUCGGCAAGGCUCUUUUUAAAUAGCAAACCUUAAUUUCCAAUGCAGGGGCAAUUUUUGCAGUGAUGAGAUGUGGGGCUUGUUGGGCAGGUCACCAGUAGGUCGCUGUGCCCUAGGGAAGAAGGGUGGUUGCUUGGGUACAAACACCCUUCUAUGUGCAAAGUCUACCUUGUGCUGCUGCACAACAGCAUCUCCCUGCCAGGGCUGGCUUUGCACUUACAUCCCUUACAAGUGUAUUUUCUUGUCCCUGGGCAGGCAGCGGUGCUGAGAGUGCCGUGGACUUGUCAUGGGACUCGUUGUUAUGGCACGGCUCGCUGGGGAUGCUGUUGUCUCAGCAAUGGCCAAAGAGCCUGAACAACGAGGAGAGCAUCUUUUGUGGGCCACGGACAGAUGUGGGAUUUCUUGGGGAGGGUGGAAUGCUCUGCAGGACUCUUACAGCAGCAUCAGUGAUGGCUGGUGGUAGAAAAUGUGGGAUGGGCACAUCCCAUGGGGUUUGACCGUCUCUUCCUGUGCUGUGCUGUAUCUCUGCGUUCAAACAGUGGGAUGUGCCCUGCAUGGCUCUUCCUGUGGCAUUUUUCUGCUCUUUGCAGGUCUCUGGGGCAGGGUGUGUGCCUGUGGUCUCCUCACAGAGAGGAUGACAUCCAAGAGUAAUGGUCUGCACAGCUCACCGGCCAACCACCACUCCAGCCCACCCGCCCAAGCCAGAGCGGAGGGUGACGUGGAGGAGACGGGGCUCAGCACGGGCAGGACCUGUUCAACCCAGGAUGACCCCUCCUCAGAGCUGCAGAGAAGAGGUCCCCUGGAUGGGGGUGAGCCAGCUGCCUCCGCUUUCCGAGGCAGGCAAGCCUUGGCCAGGAUAGCCCGGCUGGUGCUGGUGCUGAGGGACUGGGCCAGCAAGAGCUUGCACGAGGAGCAGCAAAGGCCAGACCCCUUCCUUGAGCGUUUCCAGGGCCCCGAGCUCCAGACAGUGGCUGCAGGUGCUGACAAUGAUCUAGAGGACGUGGAGACCGAGGAGGAAAUCGAAAAGAAGAAAUGGAAGAUCUUUGUGGUGGACCCUGCAGGAGACUGGUAUUACCGUUGGCUGGCUGUCAUCGCAGUUCCUGUCCUCUAUAACUGGUGCUUGCUUGUAGCCAGGGCUUGCUUCAGUGACCUGCAGAAGACCUACCUUGUCCUCUGGCUCGUGUUAGACUACAUCUCAGACUUUAUCUAUGUUGGGGACAUAGUGAUCCACCUGCACACAGGAUUCUUGGAACAGGGCCUCCUGGUUAAGGACCUGAAGAAGUUACGGGAUAACUACAUCCACACCUUACAGUUCAAGCUGGAUGUUCUCUCCAUCAUGCCCACAGACCUGGCAUACUUUGCUGUGGGAUUGCACUGCCCUGAAUUGCGUUUCAACAGGCUGCUGCGCUUCUCCCGCAUGUUUGAAUUCUUUGAUAGCACCGAGACCAGAACCAGCCACCCCAACAUCUUCCGCAUCAGUAACUUGGUUCUUUACAUCCUGGUCAUCAUCCACUGGAAUGCGUGCAUUUAUUAUGCCAUCUCCAAAGCCAUAGGCUUUGGAGAGGACACCUGGGUCUAUCCCAACAUCACAGACCCUGAAUAUGGGUAUCUGACCCGGGAGUACGUCUACUGCCUCUACUGGUCUACGCUGACUUUGACUACCAUUGGAGAGACCCCUCCCCCUGUGCGUGAUGAAGAGUACCUCUUUGUGAUCUUUGAUUUCCUCAUUGGUGUCCUCAUCUUUGCCACCAUCGUGGGGAAUGUGGGAUCCAUGAUAUCCAACAUGAAUGCCACCAGGGCAGAGUUCCAGGCAAAAGUUGAUGCCAUCAAACACUACAUGCAGUUUCGCAAGGUGAGCAAAGACAUGGAAACCAAAGUCAUCAAGUGGUUUGACUACCUGUGGACCAACAAGAAGGCAGUAGAUGAACGGGAAAUCCUCAAGAAUCUCCCUGAUAAAUUAAGGGCAGAGAUUGCCAUCAAUGUUCACCUGGAGACACUGAAGAAAGUGAGGAUUUUCCAGGACUGUGAGGCAGGUCUACUGGUGGAGCUGGUGCUGAAGCUUCGCCUUCAGGUGUUCAGCCCAGGGGAUUAUAUUUGCCGGAAAGGAGACAUUGGGAAAGAGAUGUAUAUCAUCAAGGAGGGGAAACUGGCUGUGGUGGGAGAUGAUGGAGUGACACAGUAUGCUUUGCUCACUGCAGGAGGCUGCUUUGGUGAGAUCAGCAUCCUCAACAUUAAAGGGAGCAAAAUGGGCAACAGGCGCACAGCCAACAUCCGUAGCUUGGGCUACUCUGAUCUCUUCUGCCUGUCAAAGGAAGAUCUUAUGGAAGCAGUCACAGAGUAUCCUGAUGCUAGAAGGGUCUUGGAGGAGCGUGGCCGUGAGAUUCUGAUCAAGGAAGGGCUGCUGGAUGAGUCAGCAGCAGAGGAAAGCAGGGAAGGGGAGAGCAUGGAGGAGAAGCUGGACAGGCUGUCCCUGAGCCUGGACACACUGCACACCCACUUUGGCCGGCUCCUGGUGGAGUACAGCGAUGCUCAAAUGAAGCUCAAGCAGCGCAUCACUGCUCUGGAGUUCAAGACGAGGCAGCAGGAUCUGGAGGACUUCCUCUCUGAUAGCUCAGACAGUCUGCUUGAGGAUGAGGAGAAAGGUUUAACUGGUGGGACACAAUGAGGGGAUGCAGAGGUCAGAUAGAUGAUGUCUGGCUGUGUGCUGGGACAGCAUUUGCUAUUUCACAAGGCAUAUCCUGUGGCUGCCUUGCCAGGGACUUCUCUUAGGUCCUUAACAUUGCUGCUGCCACUGUCCUAAUGGCAGCUCCUGACAUGGCUCCAAAUCAGGUGAUUGUCUGUGCUCGUUUCUGUGGUGGGGUUUGGUAGCAGGGGAGGGGACCACAGCAGUGGCCACUGUGAGAAGCUUCUCUAAGCUUCCCCGGCUCCAAAUCAGACCUGCCUUUGCACCAAGGCCAGGGCAAUUAGUGCCAGUGGCUGUGCCUCUGUGAUAACGUAUUUAAGAGGGGGAAGCUGGGAGGAGAAGGUGGCGUUGUGAGAUGUUAUGAGAAGGACACUGCUGCAAACACUGAGGUUGGUGGAAAGAAGGAGGAGGAGGAAGGGGGGAAGUUGCACCAGAGCAAAGGCCCCCCCUGUAUCCUGGUGGAGCAGAGGCCAACACGUGGCCUGUGGAGGACCCCACAUCAGAGUAGGUGACUGCACCUGAAGAAGAUGGGGACUUUAUGGGAAGAAGCCCCCAGUGUUGUAGUUCAGCACUGGGAGUACUGCUACACAUGGGGGUGACCCACACUGGAGCAUCUUGGGAA